AUGGCAAAGCGGCUAUCGACCAAGGAGGAUUAUACCACUCUACUAGAGAAAUAUGACACCUUUCUAUUUGACUGCGAUGGUGUUUUAUGGAAUGGAGACAAACCUGUAGAGGGUGUUAUCGACGUCCUCAAGAUGUUGCGAGCGAAGAACAAGAGUGUGAUUUUUGUGUCCAAUAACGCAAGCAAGUCGCGGGUCCAAUACAUAACCAAAUUCGACAAGCUAGGCAUACAAGCAGAAGUGGACGAAGUCGUUGGUUCAGCCUAUGCUGCUGCUGUGUAUAUCUCCAGUGUCCUCAAAUUUGCUCCAACUGACAAAGUAUAUGUCAUUGGUAUGGCCGGUCUCGAAGCGGAAUUGGCUUCAGAAGGAGUCAGCUAUCUCGGCGGGACCUCUCCAUCCGAUAAUACACUUGAGCCAUUCGUACUCACUUCGUUCCUACCAGAGAAAGAUCCCAACGUCAAAGCCGUCUUGUGUGGGCUCGAUAUGUCCAUCAACUACACGAAACUGUGCAAGGCGUUCCAGUAUUUGAUGGAAGGGGAGGAUAAGUGCAAGUUUCUAGCGACGAACACAGAUGGUACAUACCCAAUAGAAGGAGGUUUACUUCCUGGUUCUGGGACAUUAAGUGCAUCCCUCGCAUUUGCAUUGGGAAGAAACCCAUUAUCGAUUGGGAAACCUGGGAAAACCAUGAUGGACUGCAUCAAAGCCAAGCAUGAUUUCGAUCCCGCGAAAACCAUCAUGAUAGGCGAUAGAUUAGACACCGACAUCAUGUUUGGCAAGAAUGGAGGGGUCUCGACCUUACUAGUCCUGACUGGUACGUUCUCGACAUUCCUACGAGCUAAUCCUUCUCCUUCUUGGAUAGAACGUAAACUGACCUCCUUGUGCUCCUCUCCCCCCUGGACAUACUCCACGCCGGCGUUCUUGAAAUGGUACUCAUCUCAACUCACCAUUCACUCCAACAAUCACACUUCAAUUCGCGGAUACUUCGGCACUUACGGGCUAAUGGGCACCUCUCCCGAAACACCUGAUACUCCAUGCCAUCGCGCUACGGUCCCGGCGUCCCUGCGACAAAACAAUCACGUUGUUUACGAAACGCCUGUCUUUCCGUAUGAUCACGGUCCCGGCGC